UCAAUAUCAAAACUAUUAUUUUUUUUAUUUAAAAGUUGAUUUAUAAGUUUAACGAAAAUAUUCACGAACUAACGAGCCGAAUAUUAUGAUGCUUGAGCUUGGUUUGUUUAUCUUAACGAGUCUCUUUAAACGAGCUCAAACGAACUUUUAUCGAAUCGAAUUUCGAAUAGCUCACGAGCGGCUUGACUGAUUUACACACCUAUUUCUAGCUAAUAAUGGCUUAUCUUCUCAUCCACCAUUAUCCUUCACUACCUCUCUUCCUAUUUGUUUUUGUUGGUUCCUCCGCAAUUCUCUUCCCCUACUUCUUCCUUUUAUUCCUCCUUCCUCCCUCUCCAUCCUUCCCUCUCCUUUGGGAUCAAACAAGGCCAACUUCCAUCACCAUUCAUUUUCUCAUCGCUUAAUUCUCCGAGCUACCGGAAGGUAGAGACAACAAUGGCAUUUCAGGGGGCAACCACCAAGUGCACUGCUUGCGACAAGACGGUGUAUUUGGUCGACAAGCUCAUCGCCGAUAAGCGGCCCUACCACAAGGCCUGCUUCCGCUGCCACCACUGCAACGGCACCUUAAAGUUGGGAAACUUCAAUUCCUUUGAAGGAGUGCUAUAUUGCAAACCCCAUUUUGAUCAGCUGUACAAGAGCACAGGCAGCCUGGAGAAAAGCUUUGAAGGGACCCCAAAAGUUGUGAAACCAGAGAAGCCUAUCGACAAUGAGAAUGCAAACAGAAUGUCAAAUGCUUUUGUUGGCACACAAGAAAAGUGUGUUGGAUGCAGCAAGACAGUUUAUCCAACUGAAAGGGUCAAGGUUAAUGGAGCAGCAUAUCACAAGAGCUGUUUCAAAUGCUGCCAUGGCGGAUGCGUCAUCAGCCCUUCUAACUACAUUGCUCACGACGGAAAACUCUACUGCAAGCAUCGCCACACUCAGCUCAUCAAAGAGAAGGGCAACCUAAGCCAACUCGAGACAGAUACAGAGGCGAAUUCCGGUGCGAGUGAAGUACCCGAUGAGCCUGAGGCAAGUAAAACAGAGGAAACAACUGAUGAGCCAUAGACGAUGAUUCAUCCUCGCAAGGCUGGUGUGUUAAUGCCCACGCAUUGUCUCUUGGGGAAUUAGUUGAUUUUGUUGAAUUGGAGUGGAAUGAU